AUGAGUUGUUGGAAUCAAUAGAAAGAAGAUCUUUAUGAGAUUUUGGCUUUAUCUAAAGAUGUUGAUGAAGUAGUCAUCCCUAUCCUAAUUAUAAUAUUCAAGAGGGAGAAAAUUUAGGAUGAAAAUCAAAGGUAAGUUGAAUAAGAAAUAGUUUACUUAGAAUAUUUAUCCCUAUUAAAUAAUCAAUAGAUAUUAAAUGUUGUAAAGAAUAAUAUUAAGAAAAUAAUAGUUGUUCUCAACCAUAUUUUGGAUCAUGAUUUUACUAAAGAAAAUUAUUCUUUUGAAGAAUAAAAAUAAGUGUAAGAUAUCAAAAAUAUAUCAAAUGAUAUCGAAUUAGUAAAAUUUUUAGUUCAUAUAACUGCCUUAGAUAAGAAAUAAAUUUAGCGUGGAUCAAAUUCUCUUCAUUUAUUAGUUGAGAUGAAGCUUGAUUUGAAGGAAUAAUCUUUUGAAAAUAUUAGGAUUAGAAGUGCUUCAUUGUUCGGAACAAAUUUAGUGAGAUCUGAAUUUGAAAAAUUAUUUAAUUAUAAAUGGAGGAAUUUAAGUAUAAAUUAGGGAAUUAAGUUGAUUUGUCAUAAUGGUAGUGUCAAUUCAGUUUGUUUUUCUUUAUAUGGUAAGACAUUGGCUUCUUGCAGUGAUGAUCAUUCCAUUUGUUUAUGGGAUGUCAGGACAGGAAAAAAAAAGUCUUCAAUGUAAGGAUAGAGUGCGGUAAAAUCAGUUUGUUUCUCACCUAAUAGUACUACACUAGCUUCUUGCAUUGGCAUUUUUGUGUAUAUUUGGAAUAUUAAAACAGGAAAAUAAGUAAUGAAUUUAUUGGUCAUUCUGACACUAUUUUUUCAGUUUGUUUCUCUCCUGAAUGUAAUAUACUAGCAUCAGGCAGUAGAGAUAAUUCUAUCCGUUUAUGGGAUGUUAAGAUAGGAUAAUAGAAAUAAAAAUUAGAUGGUCAUACCAAUAACGUUUAUUCAGUCUGUUUUUCUCCAGAUGGUACUAAAUUAGCAUCUGGUAGUUAUGAUAAUUCUAUUCGUUUGUGGGAUUUAAAGACAGGAUAAUAAAAAGCCCAAUUAGAUAAUCAUACUAGCACAGUAUAUUCUGUCUGUUUCUCUCCUGAUGGGAAAACAUUAGCAUCUGGUAGUUCAGAUAACUUUAUCUGUUUAUGGGAUGUUAAGACAGGGAAAUUAGAAGUCAAAUUAGAUGGUCAUGAUGAUUAAGUUCAAUCAGUCUGUUUUUCUCCUGAUGGUACUCAAUUAGUAUCAGGUAGUUAUGAUAAGUCUAUUCGUUUAUGGGAUUUAAAGACAGGAUAAUAAAUAGCCCACUUAGAUAGUCAUACUAGCACAGUUUAUUCAGUCUGUUUCUCUUCUGACGGUAAAACAUUAGCAUCUGGUAGUGAAGAUAAGUCUAUCCGUUUAUAUGAUACCAAUUUAGAUAGUCAUAACGAAUUGGUUAAUUCAAUCUAUUUUUCUCUUGAUGAUACCUCUCUAGAAUCUGUUAAUAAGGAUGACUUUAUCCGUUUAUCGGAUAUUAAAACAAGUCAAAAAAUCUUGUCUUCAAAUAAUAGUUACAAAUGA